CCGACCGGCAUUUAUCGAUGUGCCUCAACAUGGACGAUUCUAUAAAUUUAAGUACCAACAUGAGCUACGCGGAUAAGGCUGAUCUCACGGCAUCGAUACUCAAUCACAAUGUAAGCUUCAACAGCACGAUGGAAACAUCGAUGGAGUCACCGCUACCCAAGCUCAGUGUCACUCUUACAGACGCGGAGAUAAAGAAACUACGCCAGGCGCAGCUAGAAGACAGUUCCCUUAACGAAUCCGUUGUUUCUAUAGAGCCGGCCCUUAUAGAAAAUAGUUCCCAAUAUGGCAUAAGCGACUCUGUUAUCAGCAUGGAUGAAACCGUGGAAGUGGCUGCGAUAGAGCCCCGCGAAGAAGUGGAAGAGGCAGUUCCCAUUGAAGAUCCAGCAGAUUAUUUUGAAACUCGCCUCGUAGAGCUAAGCCGGCGUUGCUGGCCAUCGUCGCAAGACGCCCAGCAUUAUACCAAAGGAUGCUGCUGGUCGCCAGAUGGUACCUGCUUGUUGGUACCCGUACACUUGGACGGUAUGCACGUAAUGGAACUGCCGGCAGACCUUUACUCUGCCACGACCCUGCAGCAAACACGCCAAAUAACGCAACUUAAGUCGGCUGUUCACGUGCCAGAGAGUGGUACCGUCUAUGAUUGCGUAUGGUAUCCCCACAUGAACAGCCAGCAACCAGACACCUGCCUAUGGCUUGCCUCGAGACAACAUGAACCCGUUCACAUGUGGGACGCGUUUGAUGGUGCCCUGCGAUGCAGCUACAGUGGCUACGACGCUGUGGACGAGGUUAUGGCCGCCAUUUCACUGGCGUUCUCUCACGAUGGAGAGAAGAUCUUUGCCGGUUACAAGCGCUGCAUUAAGAUCUUCGACACCAGCAGACCCGGCCGCAUGUGUGACGAUUACCCUGUUAAAGCUGCCAUCUCUUGUAUAGCACAGACCACAGAGCACCCGAAAACGGUAACCUGUGGCAACUGGAGCGGUUACAUCCAACACUUUGACCUUCGCAGCAGCCCCAAACAAGGACCUCUCUUUACGCUAGGUGGCCAUAAAGGUGGAAUAACCCAACUUCGCUACGCCGGAACUGAGAUGGGGGAAUGGUAUCUGUUUAGUGGAGCGCGGAAGUGCAACAAGCUUCUGCAAUGGGAUAUGCGCAACUACAAGGAACCACUGGUAGAGUUCAAACGCAACGUUAACACAAACCAGCGCGUACAAUUUGACUUGACGGCGGACAACAAGUGGCUGGCCAGCGGAGACACCCAUGGCCUUCUCAAUGUGUGGGAUCUGGCUGGUGACAGGGAUCCUGCCGCAAUUCCUUUGCACUCUGACUGCUGCAACGGCGUCAGCCUGAAUCCUGUUUUUCCAAUUGUAGCUACAUCUUCGGGGCAGUUUCAUUUUGUUAAAAAUGCGGCCCACACAAAUAGCAGUAUCCUGAACGGCUCAACAAUAGAUGCAGAUCCGGAAACUGAACUUCCGGAAGGAGAUAAGCAAGACGUUGUGUACGAGAAUAGUGUGUGCAUGUGGUGGAGCGGGCGCAGUGAGUAGGGUAAGAAGAAGUGUAAGAGUCCAAUUAAAUAAUACAAAAGCCGUCUUUAUUUUUUAAA